AUGGCUGCAAGUACUCCUGGUGGCGCCAGCCAUAGUACCCCAGUUGUACAAGCGCCAGAAACCAGCAGGGUGGAAGAUGCCAGACAAAGUAUCACCACUCUGCAAAUAGUUAAAAAUAGCACCGGUAGUGCCUGCCGUAGUACUCCGGACGAGCAGCCAACAACCAGCAAAUCGGCGGCCGUUACAGGCAGCAACCCCGCCUCUAAGAAAAGAAAACCCUCGGGCGUGGUCAUGAGACAGAUGUACCAGAAGGCGCUGUAUAUGUUAAAUAAAAUUGACAAAAAUGCAGCGGCCGGUACGGUGCAUGAGCGUGACGAGGAAGACAAGGCAAAAUACAGGCAAAUAGUGGAAGAGUACGAAAAGCUACAGGCAGAUCGUGCAGCCACAAUCGAGGCCACCGAAGCGAAGAAGCGGAAUCGCUCUCAUAACGAAGGCGGCCAAGGGGCCAUCGCAAAGAAGGCUAAGCAAGGUGGUGUUGCGGAGUCCGCAGCACCCGCGAAGCAUCGCUAUUUUAGUGACGUCGCCAGAGAUCAUCUACAGGCGGCGAUAAUAGAUGAAAAUAGCAAGACACCGCUAGCAGUGCAGCAAAAAUGGGUGGAGAUUGAUGUGAGGCUGUCGAGCCUCGUAAUGAACCACGUACUCGACAACCCCGAAGGUCCUCACCCAGAGUUCGACUCGUCGGAAUCCCUACGGGGAUACCGGGUAGUCAAGUGCGCGAACCAGUUCUCCCUGGAUUUCCUUGCUGGAUGCGUCGCUAAGAUCAGCGACACUUUUGUCGGCUUGAAGCUCAAGCUGAUCCCAGCUAAGGACAUUCCAAGGAGACCACGUGCGCGCAUUUGGCUGCCUCCGAUGGAUGAACCAGGCGAAAAGUUGCUGCGGUGUCUUAAGCUACAUAACAAAGACAUACCGGCGAUCGAGGAAUGGGAACUUAUAAAAGUUGAAAAGCCAAGAAGGCCUACAAAUAAGCCCAUUCUACUAGCUAUUUGUGCAGAGUCACUAGACGCCUUAGAGAAGGCUGACUAUCGGCUCUGCUUCGGUAUCCGUAAGGCUAGAGUGCGGGUAUUCCUCGGAGAGGUUAGCCCGGUAGAAGAAGAUCCCGGGGUUGAUGGAGCAGGUGAGCUUCUCAUGGGUGUGAAGCUGACAGAUGACCCAGAACCGGAAACUUAAAGUAGGCCAAAUAAAUCUGCAGCACUCCAAAUGUGCUACAGAUAAUCUAGUUGUCCUUCUCAGUGAGGAGGAUAUAGACAUUAGCCUAAUUCAAGAGCCCUGGGUCAAGCACGAUACAAUCAUGGGACUAAAUAUAAACAAUUAUAAACUCUACUAUAAGAGCGAGCACAUCAGAUACAACAAUGGUUAAGG